UUCCCUCCAAAUCAAUUUCCCAAAUAUCGUCGUCUUCCCUAUGAUUGCCCAUCAAUGUCAUCAGCCACUGAUCCAUCAAAGAAUGCUUUUAUCGAUACUUCGGUUAUACCCUCACCACUUUCUAACGACCCGAUCGAAUGUGUAACGAAACAAGUGGUAAAACGGCGAAGAAGGAAGCGCAAGCCUCUCGGUGUUUAUCGGCCAUUUAAAUCUAUGUAUGAAGAAGAGAUGCGGUUUCUUACGCCAAGGCAACAGGUUAGAGUGCUGAAAUAUUUGAGUGCAAAGGAAAAGUUCAUUAAAACUGGGCAGAUGGUUAAUGGCUAUUAUUUCGAUAGAAACGAGUUGAUGAAAGAAUACGAGAGGAGUGGCAAUAGUGAAAAGAGUGUUGAAAUGGAGUUUAAUAAUAAUGAAGUGCAUAACAACAAAGCUUGUAGUGACGAGACCCAUAAUAGCGAGACAUAUGUUGAGCAAGUGAGUAAAAGUGGAUCGGUAGACGUACAAAUAUCUGACAUGACAGUUCAACAAAGGCCUUCAAGAUCAAAAUGCAUAAAACAGCGAAAAAACAGCGGAAUAAAACGCAAGAUUAAGCAACCGGGCAAGGCGAAUAUGAAGUGUAAGAACAAAAUGGCUAGCAUUCGCUGUAAGAAUACAAACACCGAGUUCAACACAAAGGUUAAGCGAAAUGCAAGAUACAAGGUGAAACAAGCUGGUGAUGUGCAAAAAACUCAAAAUGUGGAUAAAAGAACAACCAAGGAACAAUUAAAGAUUCAAUGCACCGAAUCAUCCCCCGACUUGGCCGUACAUACCUUUCAAUCUAAUAAAGUGAAAGAAAAAGAACUCAUCACGUACAACAAUACUCAUCUGCAAUUACCUGAUUAUAGACAAAUAGCGCUUAACUGCCUAGUUAACGACCAGGACACCACACAUACUGGAAAUGGUACAUCGUUGACCAAGAACUUCACCCACAACGAUAAAAUACAGUUCAUUCAAACAAUUAAGAAAUUACAUAGCUGCGCGUUUCGUUCCUUUAUCGAAUACAUGGAAACUCCGCUCAUCCGAAAAGACAGGUUUCAAAAAAUUUUUAAUGAUAUCCUGAGCAGAUUUGUGAAGCUAGAGUGCUGUUAAUUAGCGUGUUGCCGAUUUGAAAUAAAGCUUAACAUCCGAUCUACAAAUUAAAAUUAU